GCGUGGCUUCGAGAACGUAUCCGACACGGGCGAACGGAUCGCAGCACCCAAACCCGAGUCGCAAAAUAUAUCCUCCUCUCUCCGUCUCGCAUAUACACCUCUCGAUCGCCUCCCCGUCCACCAAUCGCAUCGCCGCCGUCUCCUACCCAACAACUCCCCGGCGCCGCCUCCGUCGCCAUCGUGUCACUGAAGGCAAGACCGGCGAAGGGUGGUCCGCUGCGAUGGCGCGCGUGUACGUCGGCAACUUGGAUCCUGCUGUGACGGCUCGGGAGCUCGAGGACGAGUUCCGGGUGUUUGGGGUUCUCCGGAGCAGUGUAUGGGUUGCACGAAAGCCACCUGGUUUUGCAUUUAUAGAUUUUGAUGACAGGAGGGAUGCUCAAGAUGCAAUUCGUGAUAUAGACGGCAAGAAUGGUUGGAGGGUUGAGCUGUCCCGUAAUGCCAGCAGUGGGCGUGGUGGACGUGAUCGAUCUGGUGGGUCUGAGAUGAAGUGUUAUGAAUGUGGUGAGUCUGGACACUUUGCUCGUGAAUGCCGUUUGAGGAUCGGUUCUGGGGGUCUAGGCAGUGGAAGGCGUCGCAGCAGGAGUCGGAGCCGCAGUCGCAGCAGGAGUCCUAGAUACCGCAGGAGUCCAAGCUAUAGCAGAAGAAGUUACAGCCCUGCAGGGCGCUCCCCAAGGCGUCGUAGUGUGUCCCCCGCACGUGGACGCAGCAUUAGCAGGUCACCAGUCCGUGGCCGUGAUGAAUCUCCCACCUAUGGCAAUGGAUAUCGCCGCAGCAGGAGCUAGAGCUGUACCUGUCUGGACAGUGACGUUACAGAUAUUGCUCCAAACCCAUCGGCUAUGAACAGUGCCCUGUUUGAAACAUCUGCCAUCGACUGCUUGACUUUGGUGGUUAAGGUUCCCGUAACUUUUUCUGCCUCAUUAUGCUUGUGUUUGAUUUCAAUCACCUGAGAAACUAUGGAUGGAUGUAUUGUUUAACUAAGACCAGCUGUCUUUGUUUUGUGUGUUCAAAAGGCAUCGUCCUGCACUGCUUAAACGACUCGGCCGGCUACGGCUUUCAGUUAUCUCUCCAUGGUUUUACUCUCCGCUCUUCGUUGCUCACAUGCCCUCGCCUGCUCCAUGCAAGCAAAUGAGAAAACCUUGUGUAGUAGUUCCGGCAGACAGCCGCUCUUCGCUAUGCCUAUACUCUGUCAAAGAAGAUGCUGCUCGUCGAAAAGCAGUAACUACCAUUCUUAUACAAAAUUGGUAAGGUUUGAUUGUGUUGAUAAAUGCAGCUUCUAAAAGUGUUAGAAGCACAAAUCUCUUUGUAGGCCAGAGUCUCCAGGAACUGAAUCUGCUGCCCAGAAGCUGCAGUAUUCAGUUGGACGACUUGCUGCAGGAGUACAGCGAGAGGCUGUCUAGACUGCGGUGCUGACUGCUGAGUUCGGCACCUGGUGUCAUUCUUCAUGAUACGUUCUUCGCUCUCAACUUACCCCCAGCAUGCUGCUUCAACGCCCUUCCUGCCUUCUGCUACCUUCACUGCGGCACUGAUUGAUUUCCUCGUUGCUGUAGCAUUAAGCCAAACGUUUUCCAUUGGGAUGUCAAAUGGCAUAUAUAUGUGCAUUAGAUUGGUGCUACCUGUGAGGCCGAAAUUUCAGAUGCUAUUUUGUUGGUCUUUGAAAUAUCAUUUAUAUGUUAUUUCACUUGUUUCUCAA